AUGAUGAAGGUCUCCGCUGUGGUCCAGUCUCCCGCGCUGCUUGUGCGGCUCGUGGCGGCCACGCUUCAGAGCAUCCUGGGAUGGCUUUUAAAAAGAGUUUGCAACUGGGGUGCAGGAGGAUUUAACAGCCUAGCAACAGCCUCAUCCGCGCUCGACUCCGACAGCAAGCCAGAGCAAGAAAAGGUCGAAGAUGCCACGACUCCAACGAGCGUCAACUACCACUUCACACGGCAGUGUAACUACAAGUGUGGAUUCUGCUUCCACACGGCCAAGACGUCCUUCGUCCUGCCGCUGGAGGAAGCCAAAAGAGGGCUGCGACUCUUGAAAGAUGCUGGGAUGGAAAAGAUCAACUUCUCAGGAGGGGAGCCCUUUUUGCACCACAAGGGAGACUUUCUGGGCAACUUGGUUCAGUUCUGCAAACAGGAACUGCAACUCCCAAGUGUCAGCAUCGUCAGCAACGGAAGCUUGAUCAGAGAAAAGUGGUUCCAAAAAUAUGGGGAGUUUCUGGACAUCUUGGCGAUCUCCUGUGACAGUUUUGAUGAAGACACCAACCAGUUGAUCGGCAGAGCACAAGGCAGGAAGAGUCACCUGGACAGUCUCUACAAGAUCAGAAACUGGUGCCAGCAGUAUAAAGUGGCGUUCAAGAUCAACUCGGUCAUCAACACGUUCAACAUCGAGGAAGACAUGAGCGCCAACAUCACCCAGCUCAACCCCGUCCGCUGGAAGGUGUUCCAGUGUCUGCUGAUCGACGGGGAAAACGCAGGAGAGGAGGCGCUGAGAGAGGCGGAGACGUUUGUGGUCAGCGAUCAACAGUUUCAGGAAUUUCUGGAUCGACACAAAAGUGUCGCCUGCCUCGUUCCAGAGUCCAAUGAAAAGAUGAGGAACUCAUACUUAAUCCUGGAUGAAUAUAUGCGUUUCCUAGACUGUCGCGAGGGAAGAAAGGACCCGUCCAAGUCUAUCCUCGAUGUCGGUGUGAAGGAAGCCAUCAACUUCAGCGGAUUCGACGAGAAAAUGUUUCUGAAGAGGGGAGGGAAAUACAUGUGGAGCAAGGCAGACAUGAAGCUGGACUGGUGACAAAGAUGUGACAUUUUGAUAUAUAUAUAUAUUGUGUAUCUUUCUUUCAUAACUUUAAAUGGCUUCCUGUGACCUGUUACUGAGGAAUAGUGUUGUCUUUUUAUGUUGUGUUUUUUUAUUGUUAAAUCUGUGUAUCAAUAUAUGGAUUUUGGUACAACAGUACAACAACAUUAAUGUUUGAAUAAAUUUAAAAAUGAUAGUUUGCAUGUAUGGCAUUUACAGUGUGUUAGAGGAGAUUGAAAUAAACACAAAUUAUGUUUUUUUGAAUGUCAGCUCCAGCUAAUAGCUUGGUCCACGUGAGACCACAUUGAUGUGCCUAAAUACAUCAACACCAGAAUAAAACAAGCAGUCUUUGUUUUGCCGUCUGAAAACUUCAUACAGUUGUGCGCUUACUCGCGUUUAGUAUUAUGGAUGGAUUCAUGUUAAAGUACUAUAUUCCCAGUUUAGCAUUUAUAGAGCUCCUGUUACAGUGAAUUUCUCUUUUGUGAGAUUAAUAAA